AUGCUUCUUUCCUUGAUCACCACCGCAGCCUUGGUGGGAGCUGCGGCCCCGUCACCCCCCGUGUACACGAAUCGCUCCGAUCACUUCAUCGUGGUCCCCACGUUCCCGACACCUCAAUCAGCCGAGAGCACCGGCGAGGGGUGGAAGGCUGCCUUCGAGAAAGCCCAAGAGGCCGUCUCGCGGUUGAACCUGACGCAGAAGGUCGGCCUGACGACUGGCUUCACCUACGGCCUCUCGUGCAACGGCAACAUUGCUCCGAUUCCCGAGAUCGACUUCCCCGGACUCUGCCUCGCAGAUGGUCCGGUCUCUGUUAGGAUCGCAGAUCUCACGACGGUCUUUCCGGCGGGUUUGACGGCCGCAGCGACGUGGGACAGGCAACUGAUCUAUGAGAGAGGGCGCGGCCUCGGUGCGGAAUUCCGUGGUAAGGGCGCCAGCGUUCAUCUUGGCUUCGCCGAGGACGGCACGGAGAUCCAAGCCAUCUCUGCCAAUAUCGAUGACCGCACCAUGCAUGAGCUCUACCUCUGGCCCUUCGCCAACGCCGUUCGCUCCGGCGUUGUCUCUGUCAUGUGCGGAUACAACCGGGUCAACCAGACGUAUGCCUGCGAGAACUCCAAGCUGCUGAACGGGUUGCUCAAGGGCGAGCUGGGCUUCCAGGGCUACGUCGUCAGCGACUGGUACGCCACCCACUCGGGCGUCAACUCCGUCGAGGCCGGCAUGGAUAUGACGAUGCCGGGGCCCAUGAACACCGCCGCCACGACUCUCCCGGGCAUGCCCUCCUAUCUCGGCGGCAAUCUGACCCAGGCCGUGCUCAACGGCACCGUCCCCGAAAGCAAGGUCGACGACAUGGCACGCCGUGUCCUCUCUGCUUACUUCUUCCUCCACCAGGACGACGACUUCCCCUCCAUCGAUCCGUCGACGGGCUUCGUCUUCGCCGCGACGUACGCCUACCCCGACGAGUACCUGACCCUCGCGGGCUACGACCCGAGCAACCCGCCGCCGGCGCGCGACGUCCGCGGCAACCAUUCCGAAAUCGUGCGCAAGGUCGCCGCGGCCGGCACCGUCCUCCUGAAGAACACAAACGGCACCCUCCCGCUCAAGGAGCCCAAGAACGUCGCCGUGUUCGGCAACGGCGCCGCGGACGUCAGCGAGGGUCUGACGUACACGGGGGACGAGAGCGGUCCCUGGGGCGCCAACGUCGGCGCCCUCAGCGUUGGCGGCGGCUCCGGCGCCGGACGGCACACGCGCCUCAUCUCCCCGCUCUUCGCCAUCCGCAACCGCGUGGAGGAGGGCACCGCGGGCGGCCGGGUCCAGUACCUUACCGACAACGCCAAGAUCGUCGAGGGCGACUUCACGUCCAUAUACCCCCCGCCGGACGUGUGCCUCGUGUUCCUCAAGACCUGGUCUCGCGAGGGGACGGAUCGUCUCUCGUUCGAGAACGACUGGGAUUCGACGGCCGUCGUGAACAACGUCGCCAGGAAGUGCCCCAACACCGUCGUCGUCACCCACUCCGGAGGCAUCAACACCAUGCCCUGGGCCGACAACCCCAACGUGACGGCAAUCCUCGCCGCGCACUAUCCCGGCCAGGAAAACGGACAUUCCAUUGUGGACGUCUUGUACGGGGAUGUCAACCCGUCCGGUCGUCUCCCAUACACCAUCCCCAAGCAGCCUGCGGAUUACGACUUCCCCAUUGUCAAUAUUACCGUAACUCUCGCGCAGGACCCUGAUGCCUGGCAGGCUGACUUCACUGAGGGGCUUAUGAUCGACUACCGUCAUUUCGAUGCCAAAAACAUUACGCCGCAGUAUGAAUUCGGCUUCGGGCUCGGCUACACCACAUUUGCGCUCGCCGGUGACGCUACCUUUGCCCCGAAGAGCGAAAAUGUUUCUGCCUACCCUCCGCCGGCUGCGAGAGCUUACCCUGGGGGUAACCCGGCGCUCUGGGACACCAUCGGCUCCAUCUCGGCAACGGUGGAGAAUACCGGAAGCGUCGAUGGCGAGCAGGUCGUGCAGUUGUAUGUGUCGCUCCCCAGGCGGGGCGUCCCCAGCAACACACCUGUCCAGAUCCUGCGUGGAUUCGAGAAGGUCGCCCUGGCACCGGGGGCAUCCAAGUUGAUCGAGUUCCCCGUCCUGCGUCGUGACGUGAGUUUCUGGAACACCACAGCGCAGGACUGGGAGCUUCCGGUGGGCGAGAUUGAGUUCCGUGUCGGCUUCAGCUCCCGAGACAUAAAGUCAAAGACAUUUGGCACCUUUUUGAGUUUCGACAUCUCUCCCCAUUAG